AUGGCGGACAUUGUAGACGGCGACCGCUCUUGUCCUCUUGCAUUGCACGCGUGUUCGCCCUUGUCAGUCUCCCGUAGCGUAGUCGAGUUAGAGACCGUCACGACCUUCUCAGGUCUCGAUCACCACCGACGCGUGACGCUGUCGCCGGACGAGGUCCAAAUCUGUACCCGUCUGGCCGACCUGUUGCUGGCCGACACCUUGCGCGCGUACGUCGACACGAGUAGCGGUAGUGCCAAAGUAGAUUCCCAGCAGUGGAAGCUCGUCAAGAAGAAGGACCAACUAGGGGCGUACAAGCACAAGCAGCAGCAGCAGCACAGAGCUGCAGCUGCACUCGGUGCGGGGCACUCUAUGGAAGAAGGAGAAGAAGUGGCGGGCACUUGCUCGGCCACUGAAGCAGCAGCAGCGCCACCGUUGCUCCUUGUUACGGGCCACGUCGCUGGCCACGUGCACGACGCCAUGUACGGCCUCGUGAGUGCCAAUACACGGGCCAUGCAACUCAACGGCGCGUACGCGGACGAGACCCUCGAAGACGCUCAAGUGCUGGCGACGAUCAAAGGGCCAACCGUUAACGACCCGUUCCGCUUCCUCGGGAUCAAGUGGGCCGUGCGUCGCCACGGCACCAGGUCGGGCUCGACCUUUGUCAAGCGACGCGAUCUGCUCUACUUGGAAGCCACAGGCACUACGCAAAUGACGGACGGACAGUAUAUCGGAUACCGUGUCGUGCACUCGGUGCGCAUCAACGCACUGCCUCGUCCCUCGUCUUCUGUCGUCCGUGCGCGCAUGUCCAUUGUGCAGCUGUUCCACCAACAGGCGACAGGCGACGGCGCGCGAGGGCUCUCGGGCACGUUGAACGUGUUUGCAAGAGGGUACUAUGACCCACAAGGCGAUAUGCUGCAGUUCAUGGCACUGCACGCAGGUGCCGAGUUGUUGCUGCACAUGACGUUCUCGGCAGUGGACUGUGCGCACCUCAAGAAGAUUGCGUUUGCGACGCAACACGCGCGUCAGUGUCGACAAGGGGUGGCCAGUCAGCUCUUCAAAACCAGUUACAGCGGCGUCGACCGCGGCGUUAUGGCAGGCAUCGAAGAGCUGCUGGACGAAGACGCUGGGCUGUUGCGGGACAAGGCCUGGUCGACGCACUGCUCGCUGUGUGAGCGCCGCGUCGGUAGUUUGCUCAAUCGAAGCGGGAGACCCUGUGCCAUUUGUGCCAGGACCGUGUGCUCGCGCUGCAGUGUGGUCAAGAAACUGCACUUCUUUCGCUGCGAUGGCAGCAGCUUACCAGGUGAUCAUGUCAUGGGUCUAGAAAGGAGCAGAAGUGUGCAGCAGCCGCCGCUGGAGCACCCCGAAGCGUCUCGAACGUCGACCGAGCGAAGUCGAAGCAGUAGCGGCAGUUCUGCGGCCAGCAGUAUGAAUGGCAUGCGCCAGCAAGCGCUCAGGUUCUGCCUGCCGUGUGUGCUGCGCGCCACGCAACGCAAUGCGUCGCAGCUUGUCGUCGAAGAGCUUUUGGAGCAGACCAGCCUCGACCUGGUCACGCCGCGGAGUACACUGGACCAGGUGACUGGCGACGCUCGUCCGUCGCCCAUGCGGCGGCGGUCGACGCAGUCUGGACGGUCCCACCACUCUGCUCAAGCUCCGUGCGGAUCGAACCCGUCGUCUCCGUACGCGGCCCCUAUUUAUCCCCAGCCGCGGCAAAAGGCUUACAGUGCACCCGCUAUCCAACGUGGCGUCCAUCGCUCGUCUCCAGCUGCCCCGCGCGUGAUGCUGUACGUGGAAGACCCGAGAUCGCACUUGUUGGGAUACAGCGCUGCCUAA